AAAAUCAUCGGACAUUUGCCAACGAUCCUUGCCAGAUACGAUCGUCUCUGGCGGCCAGCGAUUUAGCUGGAACCAGGAGAAAAUUGUUCCUGCAGGAGAGAAGUGGUCGCGUGUUUCUUUAUUGAAAACUAUAACAACCAACACGGAUGGGUAGGUCAAGCGGGGUAAGAAGGAGGCAAACGUUUACGGAUGCAGAUGAAACGAACCUUAAUCGCACCACGUAACACACACAAACGCACACGGUGGGCCACUGAAAGAAAAAGAAAUGGGAUGCUUUGCACUUAGCAUAAUGUUCACGGUGCCUGUCAUUACCCUGCACCGCUAACAUGCCAGGACCAACACCCGUUUGGAUCCGGUAGACACGCGAAAAUGUGCUAACAUUACCAGGCAACAAAACGAGAGGAUGAAACACAAAAGGCAGUUAAACUGACGAUGAGAGAAAGAAGAUUUAUAAAAUUUGCAUCGGUGGAAUAUGAUGGGCAACUGUACAUGACGCCGCAGGACUUUCUCGACAGUGUUAUUGAACCUGAACCCAGACCGAGGCUGAAGAGACGCGUGUUAACUGACAAGGAACUGGAAGUGAUGAGGAAUAGCAUCCCUUCGCUGCGUCAAGGAAGCACCCAUAUGUUCAGAAACCUUCGGGAUAAAGGAAUCAUUUCUUACACGGAGUAUCUGUUUCUUUUGUCCAUCCUGAUCAAACCUAAAUCAGGUUUUCAAAUCGCGUUUAACAUGUUCGACACAGAUGGCAAUGAACGUGUGGACAAAACCGAAUUUCUUGUGAUACGACGGUUACUCAGCGGCAACGUGAAGCAUCGAGAACUCGACGAUGAAACUAGACGUGCAUUGAAUUCUAUAAUCACACCGAACCGAGAGCUCUGUUUCAAACGGAAAAAUAGUAACAACCAUGAAGAAAAUAAGAAACACGAGAUUAUCUCUAAUUCCUACAUGGAAAAAGUUUUUAGCCAUGCUUGGAGAGGCCGUCAUGGCACCGAAACCAAAGAAAAAUUGGACCUUCUGACAGAAAGACAAACAACCCCUGAAGAGAUUCAACUUCAGUACAUCGAUGAUGAUCAGGGUUUGCAACGUCGACAUGCUGUAGACACAACUCUAAUGAUACACUUCUUUGGAAAAGACGGCAGCAACGAAUUGAAAUAUGAAGAUUUCAGACGUUUCAUGGAAAAUUUACAGCACGAAGUUCUGGAGCUUGAAUUUCUCGAAUUUAGCAAAGGAAGAGAUGUCAUUACAGAGUUGGAUUUUGCAAAGAUUCUGUUGCGUUACACUGAUCUCGUUACAGACGAAUACGACAAAUACUUGGAUAGAAUUCUGCAAAACCCAGAUCUUCAGAUAGGUAUUGGGUUCGAGGAGUUCAGACGAUUCUAUCAAUUUUUGAACAAUCUCGACGACUUUUCAAUUGCAAUGCGAAUGUAUACUCUAGCAGAUCAUCCGAUUUCAAAAGAUGAGUUUCAACGAGCUGUAAAAAUAUGCACAGGAAGUGUUCUGUCAAAUCACAUUAUUGAUACUGUGUUUGCACUUUUCGAUGAAGAUGGAGAUGGUCAAUUAUCUUAUCAAGAAUUUAUUGCAAUUAUGAAAGAUCGUCUUCACAGAGGCUUCAAGUCUCAGCAGCGGCGUAAGCGUUUACAGGCAUUUACUUCCUGCGUGAAACAGGAAAUGAAAUCGCGUUAAUACUAAUAUUGCACCAAAAAAUAAAUAAAUCUAGGGAUGAUACAUAAAGCGUCAUAAAGUGCCAGUUGGACCUCACUAAUUUUUCAAAUCUUACAAAAAACUACGUAUGUUUAAUUUCUAUUUCAUUAAGUUCAUUGUGAUAAUUACGCAGUUAUUAUUGAAACGUAUAACUCAAAGUAUUUAGCCCAUUAUCAUAUACAUUUAUCUCCGUGCCAUCUUAUAUCAAUGUGAUUAUUACAUUUUAGUUCAUAUGUGCAACAUGGAUAAACUAGUCCUCGCAUUUAUGCACAAGUAUUACUGAUGUAUUAAGUGUUAACAUUUAUUCUUAUUAAGUGUGAGGAAAAUAUAUCAAACAAGUGUUAUAUAUAAUGUAUUUAUUUUUUAAGCACAGUUAUUACGCGUGAAGUUUUAUGUACUUAAUUCAAACAAUUAUCUCAUUAUAACAUAAUUAUUUGUUUAUCAAUAUUGUUAUACAAUUAUAAAUGUCUUUUCACUAUUUAUUGCAGAUGAACUGAGAAUUAUAAUUAUAAAUUAAUUAAAUCAAUUUGAACUGUA